GGAAUUUUUGACCUGGUCGGCAAGUGCGCCUGCGCACCCCGGGCAGGUUCGCGUUCUGAGGCUGUAGCCUCCGCAUCUCGCGCCGCCGCGUCGCGGGUUCGAGGCCAGGGUGUGUGCGUCGCGGGUUCGCAUCCCGGGCGCGAUGCUGUUCGACAAGGUGAAGGCGUUCGUGGUGCAGCUGGAUGGCGCGAGCGCGGGCGCCGAGCCGGUUUUCAGCGGCGGCCAGGCCGUUACCGGCCGGGUGCUGCUGGAACUGGCGAGCCCGGCGCGCGUGGGCGCCCUGAAGCUGCGCGCGCGGGGCCGCGCCCACGUGCACUGGACCGAGUCGCGCAGCGCGGGCUCGAGCACCGCGUACACGCAGAGCUACAGCGAGCGUGUGGAGGUCGUGAGCCACCGUGCCACGCUACUCGCGCCAGACACGGGAGAGACCACGACGCUGCCUCCGGGGCGCCACGAGUUCCCAUUCAGCUUCCAGCUGCCUCCGACACUGGUGACAUCAUUCGAGGGUAAACAUGGCAGUGUCCGAUACUGCAUCAAGGCCACCCUGCACCGGCCCUGGGUCCCUGCCCGCCGGGCAAGGAAGAUAUUUACUGUCAUUGAGCCGGUGGACAUCAACACGCCUGCCCUGCUGGCCCCUCAGGCCGGAGCUCUGGAGAAAGUCGCCCGAUCCUGGUACAGCAGCCGUGGUCUCGUCUCCCUCUCCGCCAAAAUCGACCGAAAGGGUUACACACCAGGUGAGGUCAUCCCAGUCUUCGCGGAGAUCGACAAUGGCUCCACGCGCCCGGUGCUUCCUCGGGCAGCCGUGGUCCAGACGCAGACCUUCAUGGCUCGAGGUGCCCGCAAGCAGAAACGAGCAGUGGUGGCCAGUCUCGCGGGCGAGCCUGUGGGCCCCGGGCGGCGGGCGCUGUGGCAGGGCCGGGCGCUGCGGAUCCCCCCUGUGGGUCCUUCCAUCCUGCACUGCCGGGUGCUGCACGUGGACUACUCCCUCAAGGUCUGUGUGGACAUCCCCGGCACGUCCAAGUUGCUGCUGGAGCUGCCGCUGGUCAUCGGCACCAUCCCCCUGCACCCUUUCGGGAGCCGCUCAUCCAGUGUGGGCAGCCAUGCCAGCUUCCUGCUGGACUGGGGGCUGGGAGCCCUGCCAGAGCGGCCUGAGGCCCCUCCUGAGUACUCAGAGGUGGUGGCAGACGGGGAGGUGGCAGCCACGGGGCAGAGCCCCUUUCCACCACUGCAGGACACCGACAUGAGCCUCGAAGGCCCCUUCUUUGCCUAUAUCCAGGAAUUCCGUUACCGCCCGCCACCCUUGUACUCCGAGGAGGAUCCAAACCCACCCUCAGAGGCCAUGAGGCCACGCUGCAUGACCUGCUGAGCAGCGAGGGGAUACCUCGAGGGAUGAGGUCGCACACGUGCUUCCAGCUGCCGUGGACAUGGGGAAGUGCUGGGUCAAGAGCCGACCGACCUGACUGCAUUGAAGUUGGGGACUCCGAGUCUCAGAACAGGGCACAGCUUUCUGACAUCACACAGGACAGAGGAAGAGCCAGUCUGGAAUCUGAUGUAUCUGGACAGGUCCUCGUAAGGUAUCAAAUGCCCAUUGUCGGAUCCUGUCGGUCUGUGCUGGCCCGUGGACGGGGCUCGGGUCCCCCGGGAACCUCUAGUCUGGGAGAGACAUAGCCAGACGUAAAUACUUCCAGUCUCGUGGGACCAGAGGAAGAGGCCCAGGGCUGGGAGAGUCCCAACAGGAGCAGAGAAGGCUUCCGGGAGCAAAGGGCCUUCUAGCUGAGGCCUUGGCCUACGAACAAAUGACAGCUCAGCAGGCAGACAAACAAAGAGGAAGAAGAAGUCGGAGAAGGUCAGAGCUGAGUGAUGUUUGAAGAUCACCCCCUUUGGGGCUCAGAGGGCAAGUGCCUCAGUCGAGGCCACAUGGCAAGGUCCGGCAGGCAAGAGGGCCCAGGAACGGGGCAUUCAGGGAUGCAGGUCAUUGAAGCUUUGUGGGACCUGUGGGUGGCAGGGGCAUCUGCCCCAGCCUUUGAAAGCCAGAGAGAGGUUGCUGGCCCAGGCUGGGGCUGUCUGGGGGCUCCUCCAAGUACACCAGGACAUGAGAUCUUGUCUGCAUAUUGUAUAACCCAGGAAACCCAGUUCAGGACAUUCAGCCAGGCCCUGGGGACACAGGUCAGCCUGGGGUAACAGCAGGCCCCCAGCGCAGCUCUGGAAACCUCCUGGAGGGAGGGAGGGACAAAGUAUGAGGGGGCAGCCGGACCAGCCCCCCGGGUUGUAGAGUCUUAGCCCUGGCUGGGGCAGGGCCCCUGCCUGGGACUCAACAUUUCUGAUCAGCCUUAAAUUGUUCUCUUUUUUACAGUUUUUGGUUUUUUGUUUUUGUUUUUUUAAAAUAAAAGUGUGGGGAAAGAGA